UCACGGACCCGCCGCGCCCAGCCUUCUCCAGCCCCGCCAGCCCGCCUGCACCCCGGGCGGGGUCUCUGCUCUCCUUGGCGGUGCCACCUCGACUCGGCCCUCAGCAUCGCAGGAUGCCGCGCUCGGCGGCUGCCUGGCUCCUGCUCGGGCUCUGUCUCGGGGUUCCCCGGCUCUGCAGAGGUGACGGCUGCGACCCCAACCCAUGUGAAAAUGGGGGCAUCUGUCUGUCGGGGCUGACGGAGGAGUCGUUCUCCUGCGAGUGUCCUGAGGGCUUCACGGGUCACAACUGCUCUCGCGUAGUGGAGGUUGCAGCUUCAGAUGAAGAAGAGACAACUACAGCAGGUCCCUGUGUCCCUAAUCCAUGCCAUAAUGGUGGAACCUGUGAGAUCAGCGAAGCAUACCGUGGGGAUACCUUCAUCGGCUAUGUGUGUAAAUGUCCCCGAGGAUUCAAUGGGAUCCACUGUCAGCACAACAUAAAUGAGUGUGAAGCUGAGCCUUGCAAGAACAGUGGAAUAUGCACAGACCUUGUUGCUAAUUACUCCUGUGAGUGCCCUGGAGAAUUUAUGGGGAGAAAUUGUCAAUAUAAAUGUUCAGGCCCAUUGGGAAUAGAAGGGGGAAUCAUAUCAAAUCAGCAAAUCACAGCUUCCUCUACCCACCGAGCUCUAUUUGGUCUCCAGAAGUGGUACCCCUACUACGCACGGCUUAAUAAGAAGGGGCUUAUCAACGCCUGGACAGCCGCAGAAAAUGACAGAUGGCCGUGGAUUCAGAUAAAUCUACAAAGGAAAAUGAGAGUUACUGGGGUGAUUACCCAAGGGGCCAAGAGGAUUGGGAGCCCGGAGUACAUAAAGUCCUACAAAAUCGCCUACAGUAACGAUGGGAAGACCUGGGCCAUGUACAAAGCAAAAGGAACCAGUGAGGACAAGGUGUUCCAUGGGAACGUGGACAACAACACCCCCUAUGCCAACUCCUUCACACCGCCCAUCAAAGCUCAGUACGUGAGACUCUACCCCCAGGUGUGUCGGAGGCACUGCACUCUGCGGAUGGAGCUGCUGGGCUGUGAGCUGUCAGGCUGCUCAGAGCCUCUGGGAAUGAAAUCAGGGCACAUUCAAGACUAUCAGAUCACCGCUUCGAGCAUCUUCAGGACGCUCAACAUGGACAUGUUCACCUGGGAACCACGGAAGGCCCGGCUGGACAAGCAAGGCAAAGUGAAUGCCUGGACCUCUGGCCACAACGACCAGUCACAGUGGCUGCAGGUGGAUCUUCUUGGCCCUACCAAAGUGACCGGUAUAAUCACACAAGGAGCUAAAGAUUUUGGUCAUGUCCAGUUUGUCGGGUCCUACAAACUAGCCUACAGCGACGAUGGGGAGCACUGGACCGUGUACCAGGAUGAAAAGCAAAGGAAAGACAAGGUUUUCCAGGGCAAUUUCGACAACGACACCCACAGAAAAAAUGUCAUCGACCCUCCCAUCUAUGCGCGAUAUGUGAGAAUCCUCCCGUGGUCCUGGUACGGGCGGAUCACCCUGCGGGCUGAGCUGCUGGGCUGCACGGAGGAGGACUGAGAAACCCGAGAGUUCCUCGAGCUUUUUCUUUAGUCCCCGAAGAACAUCUCCCUGGAAGGAACUGUGCAACUCUGUAGGAAACUGAGUGGGGGUUUUUUUUUGGGUUUUUUGGGUUUUGUUUUUAAUGCAAACGUGCUCAAAUUAUGGUAGGCCACAAACUGUCUUUUUAAGGAGGUCUAAGCUUGCCUUUUCAAGGAUUUGAUUUUUAUGGUUCAACUUUCUUAAGUAACAUCACAUUAACUGUGAAUUACUUUUUUCAUUGUUUUCUGAAUUAUUUACAUUGGGUGAAAUACUUUAGGGAAAGAAAGUAGCCUUCUUUUUAUAGCAAAGGUUAAAAAAAAAAACCUCAUCACUAAAGAGUCAAAGAAUAAAAAGUCAGUAUAGCUUUUACAAAUGAUGCUUAAUCCUUAUUAAAAAUACUGCAAUGUUAGCAAUAAGUUUUUUUAAUGACUGCAUUAUCUCGUCUCCCUGUGCCUAACACUCAGUGUCUAUAACAGAAUUCUGAAGACGACUCUGUCAUAUGCAGUGCUAAUUAAUAUGAUAAUUCUCAUCUUACUUUCAUCACUUCUAAUUGGAGAUUGUAUAACUUUUGUUCCCUUUUGACUCCAGUCUCUAUUCUUUGCUUACUGCUUGAAUGACUCAGUAUUUUUCGAAUCAGUCUUUUCCUAUCAUUUGCCUAAAGGAAGUGUUGUGUUCAUUUAAAUCUAUACAAUAUGAUUGGAUAUCACUCAGUUGAUACAUAUUUAACAUUGAUUAGGUGUUUUAUUUUCUUUUGAUUUUAAAGAAAACUGUAGCUACGUAAUUCCCCAAACACUUCCUUUUUGAAGAAUUCCUUACUGUUGUUUCUCUACAAGGACCCACAGAAAUUAUGCCCCUUUAAAUUUAAGUCUUUGUUUUGAUAGUAUUUACUUAACCUAAUAUUUACUUUGAAAUAACAGAAUCUUGAAUUCUUUGUCGAGUUCAAAAGCAUCUGACCAAUUAAUAUUAACCCAGUGCUCCUUGGCCGAACAUACUCAUCUGCCUACAUUUCCUAAGAAGCCAAAAUUUUGUCCUAUUUAAAACUGGUGGUGGUUUCCCAAGAAAGCACAUUGUGUAGUUAUUUGUAACAAACAAAGUAUUUACUAAUGACAGUGUUGUAAACCAUUCGCAAAGACAAAAAUUGAUUUCUAUUUAUUUUGCCUCAAAGGUCCUGAAAAAAUAAGCAAUUAUCAUAACAAUUUGUUAUUGAUCAUGGAGGUUUCAUUGACAUGUCUCUCAAAUUAAAGCUCACCCUGCCUCCAUAAAAGUCCUCAGCCUCUAAUUUAUAAGCUUCACAAGUAUUUAUUUUAUAAGGCUUAGACACAGAAUUAUUGGAAUUUUAAAUGAAGGGUCCCGGAAAAGAAAGACUGGUGUGUGUAGGAAAUGUUAAGGUCCUGACCAACACAGAUAAGUAUUUUUUUUUUCUUUAAUGCUGUGCUUCAUCAUAAAAGCCACUAAACUGUUAAUGUCCUGUUUGUCCCUGUGUUGACACCAUUUCCUAACGAUGUAUAUAUGCAGCGAUCUUCAAUCGUGUGGAGAAUUUAAAGGGGAAGCCAAUCGCAUCAACAUUUUUAGUAAGAGGAAACUAACUGAUCUGAGGGAGCUGACUGACCACGUGGGGUUCCAAGCUCACAUGUUUUCUACUUCCGGUUCUUACAAUAAAAUCGUGGACUUAUAGCCCCUGCUCAGCUUUCAGCAUCUUUCAGAGACAAAUUGCUAUGUCUUCGAAAUUAUUUUUUGUAGUAAACUUUAAAGCUGGGAAUGCAAAAUAUUUUUAAGUGAAUACAUUUUAACUCAUGUCUUGCAUAAUUACUAAGCUUCAAAAAUAUUCACAUACCAACAGUGCAGCCAGUGAUUCUUAUUUCUGUUGGGGUUUAAAUUCCUGAAUGUUUUUCUUUACGUAUUAUGUGGGACUUUUAUUUUAAGAUUAUAUUUUAAAUAUGAUGAAUAGUGCUUUGUGAUAACUUACAUUUCCAAGACUACUCAUGACUGUGUGACGUUUUCAAUUUUUUGUAUUGAAAGCUAUUAAAAAGGAGUUCGUUAAAAUUAUAUUUGUUAUUUUUAGAAAAACACUCAAAUUGCUUUCACUUGCUUGUACAUUUAUCCUGUCUUAUUUGCUCUUCACAGUAUAAUGUGUCAAGUGGAAUAGUUGUCUCCUGAUGCCCAAAAUAGAUGACAGCAAAGAGCCUCCCACACAUGGAAAUAUUGUGAAGUAGACAUUGUGUCACUUGUGUCAAUGACAUUAAAAUGAAACGAAUUUAUUUUCUUUUAAUUCUCACGAAAGGAAGUCUUAUAAGCAGAAAACAGAAAUUGUCUACCCUUCACUAUAUUAACUAUAAUGUGCUAAUUUUAUCAGUUAUGAAACUAAAAAUUCAGCCAUCUCCAGAUUAUCUGUAUCCUCAAGUGCAUUCAUCGGUUACUCACUGCAUUGAAGGCUUUUUAUUUCUAAAUGACUUCAUAAAGAUUGGUGUGAGUUUUGAAGACUUGGGAUAUCUUUGCUAGUCAAUAAAUCAUGAAAUGUACAACUGACUGUGGCUUCUGGAGGGUCAGUAACUGCAAAAAUAACCGAGAAACAACCUUUGCAAAUUUUCAAGCUGUGUAAUAUCCUAAUGCUGUUUUAUUUUUUCUUUGUAUAUAUACUUAAAUCAUGUAGGAUGUUGUAAAAUCAGUAUGACCUUGUCUAGUCUUUAAACUUAAAAUAAACUUUUCAAAAUCUGG